UCCGAAUUCCCUGUGAGAUCCAUGAGAUGCACGACGAUCCUGACGAUGAGGAGACGAGGGCACACACUGCACGACGGGCGGCGGACCAGGUGGACAGGGAGAUGCUGGGGGGAGAGGAGGAGUUUUGGGGCCCAUUCGGGGAGGUCGCUUCCACGGGCAGCACAGAGGCGCGGGCGACGACCCACUCCGACGAGGCGGGAGUCGUCCAUGCCGCCACCUCCUGCUCCGAGUCCUGCACAACCAUCGCCCGUCUCACCACUUCAGCCGGCCAUGGCAACGGUAGACAGGGAGGAGUUGGGGUCCUCUUUGCCUCAGCGCGGACUUCUCCACAGAGGCGGGGCAGUCCGCCAGCUGAGGUUACAAUCACCUUCCCCAGGGAUAUUGCAGGAGGAGGAGGCACCGUCGGCAGCAGCAGUGGAGGGGGGGAUGGCACCAGCGGCGGUGGCGGAUGCGACGGUAGCAGCCGCGGUGGACGAGAUAGCAUCAGCAGUGCUGGAGGAGAUGGCAGCAUCAUUGGUGGACGAGGAGGCACCGGCGGCAGGAGGAGCGGCAGCAGUGGAGGGGCAGGUGGCACCGUCGGCAGCUGCUGUGGAGGGGGGGUGGCAGGACCAGUGGAGGACGAGAUAGCCGCACAGGCAGAGGUGCAGCGUGGGGGCGAUGAUGAGCCGCAUGAGCACCUCAUGCAGCAGUUCCUCACGAAGGAGCUCGAUCCGGUCAUAGCUGCACUCGACAUCAUGGAGCGAGAGAGGACUCGACUUCUGGCAUCAAGUAACCCGUGUGCUCAGGCGUUCACACGGGUCUUAGAGGAGGCCAGGCUUCGAGAGACAGGGGGGAAUGGUGUGCAGGGUGGGGUGGUGGCGGGGGAGGAUGUUGCGGAGGGAGUGGCAGCAGAGGCGGAUGAUGAGGCUAUGCCGGGUGGACUAGAGGCAGCGGAUGUUGCUGUGGAGGGACGACCACAGGCGGAGGAUGAGGUUGUGCAGGCACGACAGCGGCGAGACGAGGGGACCAUAGACGCACGACGCGUUGUCCAGGAGACAGCGACGGGUCCAGUCGUUCCGUUCUCGGGCCUGCACUUGGCCCAGGGCCGACAGUCGCAGGCAGUUCAGAUGGCAGUUCAUGGUGUGCCACCGCUUGUUGUCACGGAUUUGGGUUCCGAGCCACUGGCUGUACCCCCACGUCUUCCGAGUCACUUUGCUCCGCAGGACGUCCGUCUUCCUUUGGAUGCAGAGGAGUUGGCGAGACAGGCUGUGCGCGAUGUUACUCGAUUGGACCGGUGGAUCUUCGACCGGAGGCCUGAGCAUCCAGCAUGGCAAGCGAUCCCUUCGAUUCCAUGGGGUCCUGCGUCGCACGUGUGGUGUGGGUCUACCUCCACCGGAGGACAUACCGAUGUCGCGCCCCCACCGUUCCAGGGCCUAGCUUGAUGUCCCUCGCCGGGCCGAGUGCGGUGGGUUGGUGGACUGGCAAGCUGUCACGCAGGAUUUUGGAGAAUUUUAGGAAAAAUUGGAAGUGAAAUCACAAGCAGCCUUUGUCACACAGUCUAGUAGUCAAGGUUAUCCCUCCUGCCAGCGGUGACACGGCUUAGAGUGAGGCGUUCGGUUUUAUCUCAUGCACCUGACGCCGUAUAAAGGUCAGACUCAAGGUCACCGGAGUCCCUAUUAUCUAGGAGUCCUUCAAGUAGCCUUGAGUGUAACCUGAUGUGGAGUGAUAAAUAACUUUUUAUCUC